CAGUUAAUGGUGGAUGGAGUUUGUGGUCUCCCUGGACCGUGUGUUCAGUCACUUGUGCCGUCGGCCGGCAGGAGAGACGCCGCCGCUGCUCAGAUCCGGCCCCAUCCUGUGGGGGUCAGUGUCCUGGACCCGAACUCAAACUUCAAAUCUGUGACACCAAUCAGGUCUGCCCCACACAUGGCUCAUGGUCACCCUGGGGAAAUUGGGGUUCGUGUGGACAAAGUUGUCGAGGGGAAGAAGCCAAAUUUAUUCCAAUUCGAAAGCGAACUCGGGUUUGCCGCAGCCCAGCACCCUCUCACUCUCCACCGGGGAGACCAUGUCCUGGGUCCAAUACAGAAACCGGCCCAUGUGAAUUUUUACCUUUCUGCCCCGUUCCCGGGAACUGGGGACCCUGGUCUGGAUUGUCAGCAUGUUCCACAUCGUGUGGUAUCGGGAAAGCUCAGCAAAGGAGGCAGUGUGACCACCCAGCCCCAAAGCACGGAGGUGCCCGGUGUCCUGGGUUUGCCAUCAAGGACACUUUCUGCAACACCAAGAUUCCUUGUCCAGUUGAUGGGAUAUGGACAGUUUGGUCCACGUGGAGUGAAUGUGAACGGUCAGACUGGAAUAUCUCGUGUCGGAAAUACAUUGGACAGCAGAAGAGGAUCCGACGGUGCCUUGGUCGCGAGCACGAUGGGGAACCAUGCAGUGGGAAGGUUGUCGACGUUCGCUCCUGUUAUAACAAUGACAACUGUUGGUAUGGCAAAGGGAUUUGGUCAGAGUGGGAUUCCUGGAGUCUGUGUUACCCUCCCUGUGGUGAACAGAGCACUCGAAGGCGGACUCGGACCUGUCAACCGAUAUAUCCUGACUACCCAAUGGAGAGGGGUGUCCAGAAAAAGGUUCAGAUUUUUUUCUGGGGGAAUCCCAUUUACGAAUGUGACGAGCUCCAGGGCAAGUCGGAUGAACGUCUGCCCUGCCGGAAUGUUCCAGCAUGCGACUGAGAG